CGGCGGCUUGUGAAACAACUCAACGUCAGAUCACGCUGAGUUUGGCUACAAUGUCUCACUGAUUGUAUUUUUAACCUAAGUUGAACUUUUGGGAACUUUUUAACAUGGCUUGUGCCGCUUCAGGAGAGGACUUAUGGGCGAUUCCUCUCAUUGCACUGAAUAUGAAUGUGAGGAAAAAGUUGGGACUGUACCUAAACCCCAGAAACACAGUGGCCGCUGACUGGAUGACUGUUGCGGAGGCUAUGGCCUUCACUUACCUGGAGAUCAAGAACUAUGAAAAGUGUAGAAGUCCCACGGAGAGGGUGCUGGAGGACUGGCAGGCUCGAUCCACAGACGCGACGGUGGGAAAGCUGCUGUCGAUCCUGUCAGAGGAGGUGGAGAGGAAAGACAUUGUGGAGGAUAUUCGUCCUUUGAUAGACGAGGAUGUCAGGAAGUAUUGUGAGAACCAGAGGAAGAAGAAGGCUGAGCCCCCACUUCAGGUUCCUGAGGUGGACAGCUGUGUCCCUCGCACGCCAGAGAGGUUUGGUAUUACCCUGGAGGACGACCCUGAAGGUGCUCCUGAGCUGUUUGAUGCCUUCAUCUGCUACUGCCAGAGUGACUUUGUGUUUGUCCAUGAGAUGAUCCGCGAGCUGGAACAGACAGAGUGCAAGCUGAAGCUAUGUGUGUUUGACAGAGAUGUCCUCCCAGGCUCCUGUGUGUGGACCAUCACAAGUGAACUCAUUGAGAAGAGGUGUAAGCGGAUGGUUGUGGUGGUUUCUGAUGAAUAUCUUGACAGCGACGCAUGUGACUUUCAGACAAAGUUUGCUCUCAGCCUCUGUCCUGGAGCUCGAAGUAAACGGCUCAUUCCAGUGAAGUACAAGCCAAUGACAAAGCCGUUCCCCAGCAUCCUACGCUUCCUCACCAUAUGUGACUACACCAAGCCUCUGACAAAGGGCUGGUUCUGGGUACGGCUGGCCAAAGCUCUUGCACUGCCAUAAUCAUGGGCCAGGGAGUUAAUUGUCUUUAAAAGAUUUGUUUUCUUGCCAUCAAAGGGGAUGUUGGACAAUGGCCAAACAUCACAGGUGAAAGUGCUAUUGCUUGUGAUCUACGUCCUGCCAGCCUCUGAAUGCACUCACCGUGUACUGUGUGUAUACAGUAUAUAUAAAGUGUUACUAUUUGUGUUUCUCAUGGAGGUGACAUUGAUUUUUGUUGUCACUGCGAAACACAAGCUGCACAAGGGUAUCAGCAAAGUUCUCACUGCACACAGCCAUUAUUAUGUUUUAAGAGUAAUACAAGUUGUGCCUGCGGCUGUUUUGUAUUUCUGUAAGGUAUUUUGGUGCAAAGGAUGUAAUUGUUUUCAGAGCACCACAUACUCUGUAAAAACUGUUCCUUUUUUUCUGCACUCACCACUUCCUCUUGUGAAACAACUUUUAUGUGAGAUUGAAGCCAAAGACGAAGAGAUAUUGUGACUAUUUCGCUUGUUCAAUUUUUCUGACUGCUGACAUUCUAUCUCUUCCACUUUCUCCACCUGUCAUCAUGUUGUCUUUACAUUUAAAUUUCCACUUUUGAUAUGGUGAUUUUGGGACUCUUUCAUAAAAGUGAAUGUAUUCUA